AUGAAAGAUGCCGCCGAGCUUCUGGGCCACCGGGAGGCGGUGAAGUGUAGGCUGGGCGUGGGAGGCUCCGAUCCUGGGGGCCAUCCGGGAGACAUAGCGCCCAACUCCGACCCAGUCGAGGGAGCCACUCUGCUGCCCGGGGAGGACAUCACCACAGUGGGCUCUACGCCGGCCUCGCUGGCGGUGAGCGCAAAGGACCCGGACAAGCAGCCGGGGCCUCAAGGCGGCCCGAACCCCAGCCAAGCCGGCCAGCAGCAGGGCCAACAGAAGCAGAAGCGCCACCGGACGCGCUUCACCCCGGCGCAGCUCAACGAGUUGGAGAGGAGCUUCGCUAAGACUCACUACCCCGACAUCUUCAUGCGCGAGGAACUGGCGCUGCGUAUCGGGCUGACAGAGUCCCGAGUGCAGGUCUGGUUUCAGAACCGGCGCGCUAAGUGGAAGAAGCGCAAGAAGACCACCAAUGUGUUCCGCGCACCGGGAACUCUGCUGCCCACUCCAGGCCUGCCUCAGUUCCCAUCAGCCGCCGCCGCCGCCGCUGCCGCAAUGGGCGACAGCCUGUGCUCUUUCCACGCCAACGACACCCGCUGGGCGGCGGCCGCCAUGCCGGGUGUGUCGCAGCUGCCGUUGCCGCCGGCUCUGGGCAGGCAGCAAGCCAUGGCUCAGUCGCUGUCCCAGUGCAGCCUGGCGGCCGGGCCGCCGCCCAACUCCAUGGGCCUGUCCAACAGCCUGGCGGGCUCCAACGGCGCGGGGCUGCAGUCGCACCUCUACCAGCCCGCUUUCCCCGGCAUGGUGCCCGCUUCCCUUCCCGGCCCAAGCAACGUCUCUGGGUCGCCCCAGCUUUGCAGCUCCCCGGACAGCAGCGACGUGUGGCGGGGUACAAGCAUCGCCUCCCUCCGCCGCAAGGCUCUAGAGCACACAGUCUCCAUGAGCUUCACUUAAUGCAGCCGCGCCCAGCCCGCUCUGUCCCCGGCACCGCCCCAAGGGCCGGCGCGAGGCCCCUCCGGCGCGCGUCAGGGUCCCCACUCCCGGUCCGGCACCCUGCCCCAUCCCGGCCCGGUCCCUGCCACGUCUCGUUGUGUUCUCCCCUCUUCCCUCCACUCGCUCGGGCUCACGCCAGGUCUCAGCCCGCGAGGCCUCCCCUCCGCCUGAUUUCGCUCGCCCCGGUCCCCUGCCCUCCCCCAAACCCCUCUUUCCGUCUCACCCAGCUCCUCCCUGGCCCCACCUCCAGCGCCUCACCCCACCCUUUCCCUCUAUCCCUGGGCCUCUCUGCUGCCCUACUCGAGCCCGCGCCCUCCUCCCGGCCUCAGACCGGUGGCAUUCCCUCCCACACCUCCAACGCAACGCCUCUGACCCCUUAGCCCGCCGCUUCCCCUCCGGUUCCUUCUGGCCCCGCACCUCACGCCCCUCCUCCUGCGCCCUGCAAAAAUCAUUCUUCCCGCCAUUUUACUACCAGGGAGUCGACUCAGGAUCUGAAAUCAGACACCAAUGGACUGGUUUGUGGGCAGAAACACACACACUUGCACUCUCGCUCACUCUCAGACACUACACACACGCGCACACACACAUACAGUGUACCUAAGUCAAACACAGACGUGUUCAAGGGACAGCACAAUGUUAGGGAUUUUUGUCUUAAAGGAGGACAAGCAUCUGCUAUCAACCGUCUCUUCUGAGGGCCCAACUAAUAUUAUUUGAUUUAUCCUUGUAUUUUUUUCCUCCAAACUGCUCUCUUUCUCUCCUCUCCCACCACCCUACCCUUGCCCCGUCCACCAGUCACGUCCAUGUAGCCCUCUAUUGGCUUGCAAAAUAAUGCUUUUACUUUAUCUUACUCUUAUUUUAAGCACAACUGUGUAAGGGUAUUUAAGGGAAGGCUUCUCAGGAGGAACAUGCCAGUGGAUAGGGUGGGCUGGAGCAAACUAAAGCAGUCGAUGUGAAGAGGUAUCUUACCCAUUUUGAUAAGUCUUUAUAAGGAAGAAUAAAUGUAAGAAAAAUUUCCUUUUGUAAAAGCAAAAGCUACAUCUUUUUCUGGAUCCUUCAGGACUGGGGUUUGUUUGCUUCCUUUUCCGUUUCUCUCUCCUAGCUGCUCUGUGCCCUUGGUUGUUUUGUGGUCGUCCUGUCGUCCCUCGUGCCCCCCGGCCACCGCCCAGGCCCCUGCUGGCCUCCGGUGGGUGCACUAGGACAUCUACAACCCUGCAACUUUGUACCGAGAAACACAAUCAGCCCUUUCUGCAUGUGCUGGUCAAAUACAAACCCAGAGAACAGAAACGCUUUCGAAGAAUGAACAAACAUGUGAAAUAGGAUGUUUUGUGUAGAUAAAGAAUUCUUGUUAAAUACUGGUCAAUUUGUG